AUGGCUACGAGGCCAGCGCGCCCUAAGCCCCUGGACUGGUCAGGGCCAUCGCAUUUGACGGUUUUUGUCCGCAAUUUAAAACUAUUACGUCUAGACCAGCGCGAUGAUUGGCCCAAAAUCACGCUCCGCAGUCUGUCGUCGUCAUCCACGAACCAAAGACAGCGCAUCCGCCUAGUCGAAUGGGCUCUCUACUACCUUUUUGCCUUCUGGGAUCCAGAGGGUACUCAAAAUAAACUCCGUCCCUUUUUCCCACCGUUAGAACCCCUACAAUCUGUCAACCUCCGCGCAGCACUCUUCCGCGCUUUAAGUGAGCUGAAGAAAAAUGGCGACCUGGGACGAGAGACCAUUCUUCGAAAAACAAUGCUGGAUGAUUGCAAAGGCGACAAAUUUGAUGAGCUGCUCGCCGUGUUCUCGACAGCUGUUCUGCGCAAGCUGCUUGCAAUGUCUGCGAUGGAUACACCGUGGGGCUCUGCCAUGAAGCUGUCUAUGGCCAAUGCUAUAUCCCCGGUGGACUACCAAAAUAUCUUGCCACUCAUUCUCGCUCAUCAGGUUUCCCUUAAUGCGGCAGGGGGGCGUCGCGCACGGGUGCAUGAAGUCUACGAUCAGUUCUCGCGGCUGCUGGAUCAGAAGAAGAUCGAAAUUUCAGAGCGUGCCAAUAAGGAAAGUCGGGACUUGGGUCAAAUGCAGGUUGACCCAAACAUCUUGACUCGUGAGCUUCGAGCCAAUUGGCUGGGAAGUGAGGAAUGGGCUACUGCGUUGCUCGAUGGGGGAUCGCAGGGCAGCACGGAUUCUUUCCUGGAGCUACCAUUCUCGCAUGCCUGGGCUCGUGUAAAGGAUUCAUCGGUGGAUGGUCUUUGUGUCAAUGUCAAGCCGGAUCUAGUUGUUGAUCUCGAGGAACGGGUCUUGCGACUCCGGAGUCGACUACGCAAGUGGCACGAUUUCAAUGAGUCAAUUCACAAGGACCGUGAUGAAAAUGGGUAUUCUGCUAGCGUAAAGCAGCAGGAGCCUCGUCUGCUAUUCCGUGAGCAUCAAUCUCUCACGGUGGCGAGUAUCUCCAAAGCUGUACGCCAGCCUGCAGAUCGCGGAAGAGUUCUCAAAGAAGAGGAUCGAUCUUUUAUGUCGACCGUUUACGAGGCCAUCACCCGUGUCAAUGGGAAAUCUCGGAACCACAGAAGUCGUACUCAUUCUGACGAGGUCGACCUCAAGCCACUGCCGGUGGGGCUAGAGAGUACCAAUCACAAUAACCCGUCACCUACAUCUCAGAACGACGAGUUGCCUCUUCAUCCUAUAGCUCCCGAAACCACAUACACCCGAAGCAUGGACCCAAGUCCUGAGCCAGAAGCUGUUUAUGCCCAACCAUCUCCUUCCAUUCGCCUUUCACCCGAGCCUGAAUCCGAAUUCGAUGAACCGAACUUUGAACCAGUGAAGCGCUCUUCUUCCCACUAUAAGCUCGUCGAACGCACCCGCAAAUCUAUGUCACUUGUUCCACCGCCCUCUCACGACGGACCAAGGCCCCGUCCGCGCCGCGGCCCGCGACCUUCUCUUCCGGUGAACCAAUUCGAGACGCCCCGAAAGUCCUCCGGACCCCAUGCUAGAUCUGGUGCAUCAACGCCGCAGGACAAACUUUUUGAUGAAGAUGCUGAAUAUGCCAGCAUUUUCAAGUCACGGCCGCGCGUGGCGCUUAGUCCUAUCUCGUCACCGGCAGUGCAUAUUAGUCCCUCGCUUGACGAUGAGUUCGAGUUGGACUACGAUGAGGAGUGGGGAGAUGUGGACUCGCCAUUGACUACAGCCAAGUAUAGGUAA